UUUAAUCCAGAACAUCUCGCAACAUCUUGUGCAACAUCAUACAUCAUCUAAUGCAACAUCUCGAUCUAGUGACAUCCCGAACCUAGAAAUAAAAUCAUCAUCAACUUUUGUAAAAAAAAAUCAUCGUGAACCAUGCAACAUAAAAAUAUUACUGCUGCAACAUCUCAGGUUAGAUAUUGUAACAUCAAAAAAUCAAACGUACCAUACAACAUCUAAAAAUCAAUCUUGCAACAUUAGCGAACACUACGCAAAACAUCUCAAAAUACCUGUUGCAACAUUACAAAAUUUAGAUACUACAUGAAUGGUUGGUGCCUCUCACGGUGAAGUCUUUUUCCUCCUAGAGUAUGAUAGCUGCCAUCAUGGAUUCUUCCCCAGCCCCACGCCUGCCGCCCGCCGCCGCCGUUCGGGGCGCGUGCGGAGCAUGACGCCGUGGAGGUGAAGCCGGCGGUGGCAGCAGAGAGCCUGCUGUCGUUGGACUGGUACGGUGAGGCGGCGAGCCGCGCGCCGGAGAGCGGCAAGCUCGCUGAGCACAUUGGCCUGUGGAGCGGCAUGCUCGGUGACGCUGGGACGUGAGUAGGCAUAGGAUGUGAGUUGCUGCAGAGAAAGGGCAAAGUUGGAUUUAGUUCAUGGCUGGAGAGGCAGAGAAAAACUAGAGCUUACAGAAGAUGAACGAAUGGAUAAGAAUGGAUACGAAGCUGGAGGCUAAAGAAAAAAACGAGAUGUUGGUAGGUCCUGCGUCCGAUAUUUAUCUCCAGCGUCGGAAAGCAUUACCGUAUCCAUAAUCAAAAAACGCAAUGGACCGGAAGCAAUUCGUGCCCAGCGCGAUCCCCAGCGAGGAGCUUAUGCAAGCCCAGGCUGAGAUCUGGUGCAUCUCCUACGGCUACAUAAAAUCCAUGGCCCUCCGGUGCGCCGUCAAGCUCGAGAUCCCGGACGCCAUCCACCGCUCCGGCGGCGCGACCACGCUGCCGGGCCUGCUCGCCGCCCUCUCGCUUCCCGAGGCGAAACAGGCGCACCUAUCCCGGCUCAUGCGAUUGCUGGCCGCGCUAGGUAUCUUCACGGAAGACGAAGGCGGCGAAGCGGCCGCGGGCGUCUACCGCCUCACGCCGGUGUCUCUCCUCCUCGUGCGCAACGCCGAGGCCAACGGCGGCGCGUGCCUGUCGCAGUUCGCGGCCUCGGCCACCGCGCUGUCGUCCAACCUCGCGGCGUACCUGCGGCUGGACGAGUGGUUCAGGAGCGAGGACGGCGGCGCGGCGUCGUCGGCGGCGGAGACGACGCCGUUCAUGAUGGCGUACGGCACGGACUACUGGGCCGCCGACGGCCGCGACGCGGAGCGGGGCGCGCGUUUCAGGGAGAUCAUGACGUCCGACAGCCGGCUGGUGGCGAAGGUGGUCGUGCGGGAGUGCGGCUGGGUGUUCGAGGGGGUGGCGUCGCUGGUCGACGUCGGGGGAGGCAGCGGCGAGAUGGCGAGCGCCAUCGCGAGGGCGUUCCCGCACGUCAGGUGCUCGGUGCUCGAGCUCCCCCACGUGGUGGAAGGCGUCCGCGCCGGCGGCGGCGCCGUGGAGUUCGUCGCCGGCGACAUGAUGGAUUCCGUCCCGCCGGCGGAUGCUGUGCUCCUCAAGAAUGUGCUGCAUGAUUGGAGCGACGGGGACUGCGUGAGGAUCUUGAGACGGUGCAGAGAGGCCGUCGUCUCUGCUAAUGGCCCGGAAGGGAAGGUGGUGAUCAUCGACAUGGUGGUGGGAGGGUCAUCGUCGACGACUAAAGAGGCGUUCGAGGCUCAACUGUUGAUGGACAUGUGCAUGAUGGUGCUGUCAACGGGGAAAGAGCGAGGGGAGGAAACGUGGAGCAAGAUCUUCAUGGAUGCGGGGUUCACUCGCUACAAGAUCGGGCACGUCUUAGGGGCACGGUCGGUCAUCGAGGUUUAUCCAUAAGCCUGUUAUCGUCGCAAAUUUGUCAUCCAUGCCCUUUUAGUUUAGUAUAAUAAUGAUGCUACCCAGAGCAAUGUCAUGUUCAUAUUCUUUGUUCGCACCCUUGCUGGGCUAUUUCAUUUCAAUCAUUCGUGCAGUUGAUCGCGUGAUGGAGGCCGGAUCCGAUCGCUGGCGCUCUACAUCGUGGGCCCGUAAAAACAUUGGAAGAAACAUCGCCGCGAGAACCGCGCCAGGGCUUCCAUUGCGACGCUGCCAGCACGGGCAGCUUUGCUGAACCCGCGUGCAAUGGAACCUGGAUCAGGGAGGACGCUGGA